UUGAAAUAGUGAACGUCAGGUGAUUAUAGUGGCACGUUAUUGCUUGCAGUAGUAACACACACGCACAUAGUGUAUUGUGUUAUUCCUUACGCGUUAUUAAAUAUACAACUAUCUGGUUCAUUUGUUUGUUUAUCGCUCGUCCUGUAAUGGCGGAACAGAUCACGAGAGAAGAUGCGUUGAGACGGGAGGGCUACAGACAUGCGUGUCACAUUAUGCUGUACGGAGACUCAAGUGCCAAACUCUUCGGGAAAAUCCCAAUCAAACAUAUAGUACUGAUUACUGUCAUUCAGAUGCAGAUGCGUUUUGAUGGCUUGCUGGGUUUCCCAGGGGGAUUGGUGAACCCGUCUGAGGAGACGCUGGAGGCGGGGCUUAGCAGAGAGCUCCACGAGGAGGUGGGCGUGGCUGUGCCUGUGGGCGUGGACAAUCACGUGUCCUCCUGUCUUUCUCCAUCCUGCCCUCGGCUCAUCACGCACUUCUACGUCAAGAAGAUGACAGAGUCAGAGCUGAAAGAGAUGGAGAGAGCAGCUGUAGCUACAGCCACAGACCAUGGUUUAGAGGUAUUAGGUAUGUUCAGAGUGCCCCUCUACUUCCUCAAGAAUGGAGGUGGUCUCCCCUAUUUCCUGUCCCACUCGUUCAUCAGCAACUCUCGGGCCCAGCUGCUCUCUGCCCUGCAGCGCUGCGGGCUGCUGUCCCAGGGGGAGCUGGAGAAGGCUGUGAGACAGGCUGAGCAGAUGAGACUCACACGCUGUGGUGAUCCACACUGACAUCAGUUUACACAGCGGUGCCUUUUCACCCCUGGGCCACAGCUACAUCACAGUAGCCCAACCCCCCAUUGCCAGUAGAAACUCCCUCUUGUCCUCACCCUACCCUCCGUUCCUGAUUCAGCCAUAUACAGCAUGUACUCUCUGAAGAUAUCCUGUGUCUCAGAGGAUCAGACCGGUUUAAUAUGCCUUAACUGUUAAUCAAAAAAUUACUAACAACUCGUGACACUAGAUUCACUUAAUUGGGAUUGUUAUUGUUUGGUAGUGUCUUUAUGUCCAUAUUUGGACAUACUCUGGGAUGUUGCAAUAAUUAUACCUCAUAACAAUUUAAUUUGUUGUUAAUAUAAACCCAUAUAAUUGGCAUAUGCAAAUGCAUAAUAUAUUAUUUAUGAAGAGGUGCAUAAGAGACUUACACGCCAUACUGUUUGUUGAAUUUAUCAGAUCUGUUUAUGAGAGUUAGAUAUUUGCAAGAGAAAUUGUGCAUGCUGGUUUGACUAAUAAACAGCAGACCGCAUAUAAGGCUUAUUUUUUUAAGCAAACUUGUAUCAAAGCUAAGGUUUUAAUCACAGCACACUUGCAGUACUUAGAAUGGCCACAGAGUUGCACUACCAGACUUCCCCUUUUACAAGCAAGUCUAUAUAUCUGGCUGUAGUUUAAAGCUGCAGUGUGUAAUUUCAGUGCCACUUGUUUCAAUUGUAAAAUUGUAUUGUAAAAAAUAUUUGAUGGAAUUGUAAAAAUAAUGACUGUUUUUCUAAUCUGCCAUUGGUUAGCAAACAGACAGUCCCAUCCCAAACUCACGCCAUUGGUUGCACCAGUGUUGCAGACUACAAACAGUUUUACUAGAGCUUCAGUGUUUACACACUGAAGAGAAAUUUACAAAUGGCUUACUUAUUGUCUUACAUAACCUUUAGUGUUACAUGACAUUAUAAUUGAGAAAACUUUGCAUAACACCCAUCAAUAAUGAAAUGAGAGUACAGUUCGUUUUAACUCUCAUUUCAGCUUCCCCUUUCUUGUAGGAAACAGUUCCACAGGAUUCAUGACUUUCAGAAACUCCAUUACUCAGAUGUCUUUCAACGACAUGUCCAGCUCCUAUGAUUGAUGCAUUUUCAGUAAUUCACUGUUCUAUUAAAUUAUUACGUUAAGAUGUAGCGUAAUACUUUAGUGCCCAUUUUGUUUAAAGUAGGAAUUCACCACUGGCAAGAUGGGUUUUAAUAAAAAUUGGGUGUCUGUACAGUAGAAAUGCAAUAAAAAAAAUCUGUAGUUUUCACUAAAGCCCUGAAGGUGUCAAAAGGGUUACGGAUUACGUCGUUUGCUGACAAAAAGUGGGGAUAUCUUGGUGCAAGUAACAGAAAAAUUUUGUUCAUAUACUACCGACACUGUAACAUUACAAGGCUAGUUAAAAAUUGGCAAACUUACCCUUU